UGUAUAAACCUCUCUCUCUAUAUAACUUUCCAUUUCACACAUUCAGUGUCAAACUCGGCUGCCGUAAUUUCCCGGCAAAUCCUCAAAACUAACAAAUUUAUGUGAAAUGACUCUUUUACCCUUACUCUAUCUCUUCUUCUUCCUCACCUCAAUACCCUUAUCCGUAUUUUCUCAGACCAACGACCGGUCAACGCUUCUGAACCUGAAACGCGUUCUCGGCGACCCAACGUCUCUCCGGCAAUGGAACAACACAUCUUCACCGUGCGACUGGCCUUUGAUAACUUGCACCGCCGGAAACGUCACCGAGAUCAAUUUCCAGAACCAGAACUUCACCGGGACUGUUCCGACGACGAUUUGCGAUUUCCCAAAUCUCCAAUUCCUCGAUUUGUCUUAUAAUCUCUUCUCCGGCGAGUUUCCGACGGUUCUUUACAACUGCACGAAGCUGAAGUAUCUCGAUCUAUCUCAGAACUACUUCAACGGUUCACUUCCCGGCGAUAUCAAUCGUCUCUCGCCGGAACUCGAGCAUCUCGACUUAGCGGCUAACUCCUUCGCCGGAGAUAUACCGAAGAGUCUUGGACGGAUCUCGAAGCUCAAGGUUUUGAAUCUGUACAUGAGCGAAUACGACGGUACCUUCCCGUCGGAGAUCGGAGACUUGUCGGAGCUCGAAGAACUUCGACUAGCGUUAAACGAUAAGUUUACUCCGGCGAAGCUUCCGACGGAGUUUGGGAAAUUGAAGAAACUCAAGUAUAUGUGGUUAUCGGAGAUGAAUCUGAUCGGAGAAAUCUCAGCCGUUGUUUUCGAAAACAUGACGGAUCUUAUUCACGUUGAUUUAUCGGUUAACAAUUUAACGGGUCGGAUCCCAGAUGAUUUAUUCGGGUUGAAGAAUCUCACCGAGCUUUAUCUCUACGCUAAUCAUUUCACCGGAGAAAUCCCCAAAUCUAUCUCGGCGGUUAACAUGGUAAAGCUUGAUCUCUCUGCUAAUAAUUUAACCGGUUCGAUUCCGGUUUCAAUCGGGAAUCUAAAGAAAUUAGAAGUUUUGAACUUGUUUUAUAACGAGUUAACCGGAGAAAUCCCGCCGGUUAUCGGGAAAUUACCGGAAUUGAAGGAGCUUAUGAUCUUCACCAACAAGUUAACCGGAGAAAUACCGGCGGAUAUUGGGUUUAAUUCGAAGCUGGAGCGGUUCGAAGUUUCGCAGAAUCAGUUAACCGGGAAAUUACCGGAGAAUUUGUGUAACGGAGGUAAGCUUCUAGGUGUGGUGGUGUACUCGAACAAUCUCACCGGAGAAAUCCCUAAGUCGCUCGGAGACUGUACGACGCUCUUGACGGUUCAGUUACAGAACAAUGGCUUCUCCGGUGAGUUUCCAUCUCAGAUCUGGACUGCUCCAAGUAUGUAUAGUUUACAGGUGAGUAACAACUCAUUCACCGGAAAAUUACCGGAGACUGUUGCUUGGAACAUGUCGAGGAUCGAGAUCGAUAACAAUCAAUUUUCCGGUGAGAUUCCUCGGAAGAUCGGUACGUGGUCUUCUCUAGUUGAGUUUAACGCGCGAAACAAUCGGUUUUCCGGUGAGAUUCCGAAGGAGUUGACUUCUCUUUCAAAUCUGAUAUCGGUGUUUCUUAACGAGAAUGAUCUCUCCGGUGAGUUACCCGAUGAGAUCAUCUCAUGGAAGUCUUUGGUAACGUUAAGUUUAUCCAAGAACAAGCUUUCCGGGAAAAUUCCGAGAGGUUUAGGAUUGUUGCCACGGUUGAUCAAUCUUGACCUAUCGGAGAAUCAAUUUUCCGGUGAAAUCCCUCCGGAGAUCGGGAGUUUGGAGCUGACGAUACUUGAUUUGUCAUCGAAUAGGUUCAUCGGGGAGAUUCCAUACCAACUUGAUAAUCUUGCGUACGAGAGAAGUUUCUUGAACAACUCUAAUCUCUGUGCAGACAAACCGGUUAUUAACUUACCGGAUUGUCGGAAAGUGCUUGGGAGGUCGAAAGGUUUCCCGGGGAAGAUCCUAGCGAUGAUUCUCGUCAUUGCGGCUCUGCUUUUCGCCAUCACUCUGUUUGUAACGUUCUUUAUGAUUCGGAAUUUCACUAGGAAACAAAGAAGCGGGAGUGGUUUAGAGACGUGGAAACUGACUUCGUUUCAAAGAGUAGACUUUGUCGAAUCAGACAUCGUGUCGCAUAUGAUGGAACACAAUGUGAUCGGGAGUGGUGGAUCGGGAAAAGUUUACAAGAUAUUCGUCGAAAGCUCGGGACAAUGCGUGGCGGUGAAGAGGAUAUGGGACAGCAAGAAACUGGACAAGAAACUUGAGAAAGAGUUCAUUGCUGAAGUUGAGAUUCUAGGAACGAUCAGGCACGCAAAUAUAGUGAAACUACUGUGUUGUAUCUCGAGGGAGGAUUCAAAGCUUCUAGUGUAUGAGUAUCUCGAAAAACGCAGUCUUGAUCAAUGGCUACAUGGCAAGAAGAAGAGCGGUACUAUUGAUGCUAAUGACUUGAAUUGGUCGCAGAGGUUGAAUAUCGCGGUUGGAGCAGCUCAAGGACUUUGCUAUAUGCAUCAUGAUUGCACUCCCGCGAUCAUACAUAGAGAUGUCAAGUCAAGCAACAUCUUGCUUGAUUCUGAAUUCAACGCCAAGAUUGCAGAUUUCGGGUUGGCUAAGUUGUUGAUUAAGCAAAACCAAGAACCUCAUACCAUGUCAGCUGUUGCUGGAUCAUUUGGUUACAUUGCUCCAGAAUAUGCAUAUACAUCAAAGGUGGAUGAGAAGAUAGAUGUGUACAGCUUCGGGGUAGUUUUGCUAGAGCUAGUGACUGGAAGAGAAGGAAACAACGGAGAUGAACACACAAACUUAGCAGAUUGGUCAUGGAGACAUUACCAGUCUGGGAAACCUACCGCAGAGGCGUUUGAUGAGGACAUCAAAGAAGCUUCCACGGCAGAGGCGAUGACAACAGUUUUCAAGCUAGGUCUCAUGUGUACUAACACAUUGCCUAGUCAUAGACCUUCCAUGAAAGAGAUCUUGUAUGUUCUUCGCCAACAAGGAGCUGAUGCGACAAAAAAAACUGUGACAGAGGCACACGAGGCACCUCUGCUCAUUAGUUUAUCAGGUCGAAGGACAAGUAAAAGGGUACAAGAUGAAGAUUUAGGUUUUGUAUAACCAAUGAUUACAACUUUCGAAGUUGUUUUUUGUUCGGCUAUAGAGAAUGUACAUAUGUAUUUAGAAAUUGUAAACUAAUGUAAGCUUUAGUUAAAGAGUAAUAAAUCUGAAAACUCUUUAUGUUUA